AUGAUUCGAACCUUUUUAGGUGCAUCAAAAGUGCCCGUCCGAGCACAACUUCGGCCCUUCUUUCGACUUUUCUCACAUAACCCCGCCACCAGAAACGAAUGGUUUGGUGAUUUGACCAAAAAAACUACCCCGGAACUUCCCAAAUCCGAGGAAAAUUCCGACGAGGUUGUCUCCAAUCCGGCCCCAAAAGAUGACACCCAGCUCCAGGAAUACUACAUGAAACAAGCACGCGAGCAACAGAUACGGAGCGACAAGUAUAUUUCGCCAUUGAAACGCCGACUCUUUGACUUGAACGUGGCGCAAAAUGGCUUCUUCAAAAACAAUACCGUGGUGACAGACCCAGACACCAGCAAGUCCUAUAAGGUAUCAUUAACAGAACAAGAAAUCGAGAUUUUGGAGCCUUCGAUCUACCUCCAGUCGUACCGUAUCAAGCUGUCGAUGAAAAAGGCCACCGUGGUCAAUCGGUUUGUCAGAGGAUUUACGGUUAAACAUGCCAUUGCGCAGCUUCAUUUUAACCCAAAAAAGAUGGCUACCGAAUUGGAAAAAUUCCUUAAAACCGGCUUGGAACAAGCCCACAAGCUCGGCUACAACGAGGACGGCUUGUAUAUCCACGCAUUGUGGACCGGCUCCGAUGGCGAGUGGAGAAAACGACUCGAUGCCAAAGGUCGAGGCCGCACCGGUAUUAUCGAACAUCCAUACAUCCAUCUCAAAGCGGUUUUGAAGACUGACCAAACCACGAAGCGCCGUCAAUGGGAACAGGCUCAGGCGCAGCGCGCGGCGAAACCACGGAUGUUCUUGAACAAUGAGCCGCUCAACUUUAAGGUGCGUGGCCACUACAAGUGGUAG